AGAAAACAAUCUUGCAAGAUAUAUAUUUACUGAUUAUUUCCCCUGGCAUGGAAAAGUAAAUGUCUACAAACUGUCAAACGGUGUACAUAAGCUGAAGAGGCACUUAACCAUGAAACAUGUGACUUAAAGGAAUAGUGAUAAAAACUAGUAAAAUGAGGCUGUUACGAUAUCGCUAUAAGUCAGCAUGGAUAGCUUUCCUGAUAUUAUUCUCCAUUGCUGGUGUUAUGCUGACUUACAAACGUCUAAGUGACAGUCGCAGCGAUGGAAGUAAGAAAAAUUAUCUGAAUGAUCUCGUUCAAGGAGGAGAUAUGAACUUUGCCCCUGUGAAUCAUGGGAUGGACAAACCACGAUAUCCAGAGGUUGAUAUAAUGGAAGUUCAGGCAUUACAACAUAAUAUAGAAAGACAAAAAGAUAAAUUACAAGCUUUACCAAAAAUAGAACUUCCAGCUCUUGAUUCAAACAAAUAUCGUAGAAUCAAAUCUUUAUUAAAAAAUUUAUAUCCUGCAGAUUGGGGUCGAGCCCAGGAUGCAGAUGAUAUGAUAAUGGAAGUCAGUCAAGAACUUUAUGACCUUGGAUUUGAAAGUCCAAUGUCAUGUAAAGACAUUGAUGGACUAAGAAUCUCAUCUUCAUUCCGUGUGGGAAAGAAAAAGUUCAUUGAUAGAGCUUUUGUUCCAGACAAAGGGGUGGAGGUUAUUAUGAAAUCUCAGGCAAAUGACCUUGACAUCAAAGUGAAAUGUUUACAGAGUGUUUAUGAUGCUGAUAAAUGUUCUAUGAUGGGAAAUUAUGGUUUAUUGAGAGAGGUUUUAUGGUUUUCUGUUUUAAAACAUGAUGGUAUUGCCGAUUUAUUAGGUUAUUGUAUACGAGGAGACCAGAUUGAUCAUCUCAUUCAUAAAAAGGGAGUUAUUCUAUUAACAGAACCAGGAAUACCUGUCAUGCCCUCUACUUUCAGUAUUAUCAAAUUUCAGGAUAGACUUAAGUAUGCUGUACAGCUAUCGGAACUGCUCCACUUUUUGGAGCACCACCCACUUGGUAGCCUUGCCUUAACAAAUACAUAUAACUCAGAUUUUGUGAUAGUGAAUAAUAAACUAAAGUUAGUAGAUCUGGAUGAUGUGGCAAUAGAAGAGAAAGCUUGUAGAUUUAAUGCAGAUUGUAAAAUUCCUGGUGCUAGUCAAGUCAAGGUAACAUGUAGUGAGGCUGGGAAAUGUGUCAACAGGAAUGCCAAACUUAACUUGAAGAAGAUGGGUCCUUUAAUGUUUGAACAGAUGUUAAACAAUGCACCACCAGGCUAUACUAGUGAAGUGAACAAACUAAGAAAUGGCAUUAUAAGUAUGACUAUCACUAAUGAUGAAGUAUUACAGAAACUGAGAGAUAUAGAGAAAAGAUAUGUUCCAGAAAAAGAACCACAACAAGAGGAGAGACCUAGAGUUCAAGAAUAUGUUGUACAGAACAGAGACCAGCCAAGAGACUCAGUCAGACAACAAGAAAUACGACAACAGGAGAUACAGCAAAACAGGAUCAUACAAGAUCAGCAGCAACCAUUGGAGAUUAAGGACGGUGAUUAUGAGAAGGUAACACAGUCUAACUUCCCUGGAAAAUAUGAUUUCCCUUGUCCCCUGUCUCGUGUAGCCUGGGGCUGUGUGGUAACAGUCAGAAGUCUGAAGGAGGCCAAACAGACAUGUAACUCAGAACCUAAAUGUCAAGCUUUUGUUCUCUUCACUUCUCAACCAGACGCAGAAGUCUUGAUGACAAUGGUAUUGAAGAACUCUCGUUUAGGUUCACCAGAAAAGAAUGUGGGUGCAACUUUAUUUCUGUAUACACCAAGAGGUGAGAUAGGACAAAGUAAUCAGAAUCUACAAGUAAGUUUACCUAAUAAAGCUGUGGAGCAGAGGGCAGAAAGAAAUGUAGCCAAUGGAGAAUCCAGUGAUCUGAAACCUGCACCUGCUGAUUUCCCAGAAUGCAAAGCUCGUAUUGAUGACUCUGCAAAAGAUGCUAGAAAAAGUAGAGAAAGACGACUGAUGGCACAUCUUGGAUUGAAAUCUUACACAGAAGCAGAUUGGAUCCAGAAAAUGAAGUGGCAGAAGAUAGUUAGCCACGAGGGACUGAACGAUUUUACAUCUCCUAGCACUGUUGGUGGCAGGUUUAACGUAACAAUGAUUGGAUCUGACACAGACAGUAAACUUAAGAAUGCCUUGUACUUGGCAGAAAUUGGACCUUCUCAGUUUCAUAUUGCUCAUUAUAUUGUUUAUAAACUGGAUAGACUUUUAGGGAUAUACCACACUCCUCCCAGUAUAGUUUGGUAUAUGACUAGGAAUGAGGUUGAUAUUGUUAGAGGUGAUGAUAUUUGGAAAAAUAGAUUGGACCUUGUAGCUCCUCAUACAGAAAUUAAAGGUAUAUUGACAUGCCCUAUCCCUGCAGUGCUGAAACAAGAAAACCUUCUGAUAAAUGAACAGCCAUCAGUUGUCCAGGAAAUAAAGGAAUUUACUCGACAGGAGAAGAUGCAGGUGGAAUAUGUCCUGUUAUGGUACCUAACGAAGAUUUAUCAUGUCAAAGAAACUCCAUAUGCUUACAAAGGACAUAUGAUCCAGUUUGGUGCUGAUGGUAGCUUCCAAGAUUUAAGUGUUAAAUUAAUUCCAUACAUGUACAACUGCCAGUUUCCUAACAUUGUAUAUAAAAUGAUGUCCUGUUUCAAAUGUCAUUAUCCAGGAAAAAGUAAAUGGUCAAUAUGUGGUCUUGGAGAAGAGGUCAUGAAGCAGGUAGAAGAGGAUGGAUUUAACUUGUCAGAUUUCAAAAUUCAUCAGAUGACAACAAAGAUUUUAUCUCAAGUUAUAAACGAAGCAGCAGCAGAAGUAUUAGAAGCAGUAGAUCAGUGUAUACGAUCACACAGUCGAGAAAAAGUCCUGUAUUGAUAGUUAUUGUUAUUGUUUUACAUUGUGUAAUACUAUGGUUUGAAAUAGUGCUUAAAUUGAAAGAGCAUCAAAAGUAUUUUUCCAAAUUUUCUUGAGCAAAUGUUAUAUAAGAAAUGGAUAAAAAAAAUGAAGAACAGUAAAUGUUUGCCAGAUUCAUAGCAGCACAUCACCAGGUUACUCAAAAUUGUAUCAUUUGGCUGGAUUUUUAAAUUUUGAAUGAUGAUUACUCAUUUUUAUUUUUAAUAAAUCAUUUGAAAGCAUGUAAAGAAAUAUCUUCCUCAAAGAAUUUUACUUGUUUAAUUUAAAUGCUAGAAUUUAACUUGUUUAUAUUGUUAAUUGAACAAUACUUUGAAAACUAGA